AUGGGGAUUUCCCGGAGCAAGCCGGCGCCGCCGCCGGAGCCUAGGGUGGAGGUGCCGCCCCUCAUCGAGCCCCCUCCCAACGCCGCCCGCACCAGUGAUUUGUAUAAUCCAGGUACCCUUGCGCACUUUCUUGUGUCAACGGCGAAACCCACUUUGAAGUUAAGCAUUCAUUUCCCUAAGAAUGGUAUUGGUUCCUUUGCGACAAUUCCUUUGCAAGCCGGAAACAGCAUGCUUUCAGAAAAUAAUAGCGUUAUCGGUUUAAGAUAUGAUUCCCAGAAUCUAUCAUUGGGGGCAUCUGUUGUGCCAUUUGUCUAUUAUAGUAUGCUCAUAUUACCUUUCUUUGCAGUACCCGGUGAGGAACCCUCUGUGGUUCCCUAUGGUGCAUGGUUAGUUGGAAGAAUAGGGGGAUUAAGCGCAGGGGCACAAUACAAGCCACUUAGUGACUGGCUUAGCACUCCAACAGAUGGAAGCAUGAAUUGUUUGCCUUUUGAGGACUUGAAGAACUGGGAUUAUGCAAUCAGUUAUGGUGUGGGAUCAGUUAGCCCACUAAGCCCCUCACUAAAUUUUUCUCUAGAACUUGUCAGAAGUACACAGCUGGUCGCAUCAUUCUAUCAGCACCAGGUUGUCCUAAGGCAGGUAUCACCUGCUACUUGCCAUGUUGGUAAAGUAAAAGGAGGUCCCCGUUUUGAAGAUGCAGACGAAAUUGUAAACUACAUUGAUUUUGGUCUUGAGCUAGCCACAAGGGUGGGCAAGGACAAACCAACAGACGAUGCCAACAAUUCCUCGUUUCAGAUAGCUGCAAAUUGGCAGGCCAAUAAGAACUUCCUAGUAAAGGGGAAGUUAGGGCCCUCCAAAUCUUCUGUAGCUUUGGCAUUCAAGUCUUGGUGGAAACCCAUGUUUACAUUUAGCUUCACAGCUGUGAAUGAUCAUUCGAAGGGUACAAGAGGGUACGGAUUUGGAAUCCAUGUCGACGAUCAGAGAGACCCAGAUUCCAGCCAUCUCCUCUAG